CCUUUAUCUGCCGCCUUCAAGCUUAACAGGGAGCACUCUACAUGUUCGAGCUCGAGGGUUCCAUUGCCUGUGCACUGGUUCGAUUCUACCCAAAUCAAAACGCUAAGAGAUUUAUAGUAGAAAAAUCCUGGAUAUUUAGUAUAAAAAAUCCUAGAAAUUGGUAUAUUGGUUAAGGAAUGGCUCAGGCUCGUCUGGUUAAGUUUCAGAAGACAUUGAGCCAUCUCAGCCAUUACAGGGAAGGGCAAAGAAAGCCUUUGGGCUGUGGUUUUUGUAGUGUUUCAGAGGCUGUAAGGCGUAUAUCAGUGGAUGAGCCUUCGUCAUGGCGUCUCUUGCCAGAUAUGGGUGAUGUUUAUUCUGAAGAAGUUGAAGUCGGCUCCCGUUUAAUAACCUUUGAAACUGGAAAGCUUGCGAGAUUUGCUGCAGGUGCUGUUGUCUUGGGAAUUAAAGACACUAAAGUGCUUUCCACUGUCGUCUCAGCUGAGGGAGAUGGUGCUCGGGACUUUUUGCCACUGACUGUUGAUUAUCGGGAAAAGCAAUAUGCCCAAGGAAAAAUUCCUAACACAUUUAUGCGAAGGGAAGGUGCUCCAAAGGAACGUGAGCUCUUAUGUGGUCGUGUCAUUGAUCGGUCCAUCCGGCCACUAUUUCCCAAGGGUUUUGUUCAUGACGUCCAGGUGAUGGCAAAUGUUCUUUCUUCCGAUGGUGAGCAAGAUCCUGAUGUGAUGGCUGCAAAUGCCUCAUCUGCUGCCUUGAUGAUAUCAGAUAUCCCAUGGAAUGGUCCCAUUGGUGUUGUGCGUAUUGGAAGGAUAGAUGGAAAAUUUGUUGUUAAUCCUGACAUGGAUGAGCUUAGCUUAAGUGACCUGAACUUAGUCUACUCCAGCGCACUAGAUAAGACUUUAAUGAUAGAGAUGCAAGCACGUGAGAUAUCAAAUGCAGAUUUGAUUGACGCUCUUCAUUUAGCACAUGCUGAGGCCAUCAAACUGAUUAAACCUCAGAGACAGCUUGCUGCAAAAGUCAAGAAUCAAAAAAAGAGUUUUAAAUUGUUCACUAUAAUGGAUAGGACACUCGAGAAAAUUAAGAAGUUGUCUGAAACUUCGAUUGAGACUGUCUUCUCAGAUCCAUCAUAUGGCAAGUUUGAACGGGGGAAAGCCUUGAGUAAAAUUGCGGAUGAUGUCAAAAAGAUAUUGGAAGAAGAGUGUGAUGAGGAAAGCUUAAAAGUGCUCCCGAAGGCCAUUGACACAGUCAGGAAAAUGGCUGUUCGUAGAAGGAUUUUUGAGAAAGGGCUUAGAGUAGAUGGGAGGAGUUUGGAUGAAGUUAGGCCUUUGUUCUGUGAAUCUGGUUCUUUUCCAGCUUUGCAUGGAUCCUCGAUCUUUUCACGUGGAGAAACACAGGUCCUGUGCACAGUGACGCUAGGAGCACCUGGAGAUGCCCAGAAAUUGGAUUCCCUGGUUGGCCCUCCUACCAAGCGCUUCAUGCUUCAUUAUAGUUUUCCACCAUUCUCAAUUAAUGAGGUCGGCAAACAAAGUGGCCUGAAUAGACGUGAAGUUGGGCAUGGCACGCUAGCAGAGAAAGCUUUGCUUGCAUUAUUACCUCCUGAGGAUAAUUUCCCAUACAGUGUACGCAUCAAUUCUGAAGUCAUGGCUUCUGAUGGAUCAACGUCGAUGGCCACAGUUUGUGGAGGCAGCCUAGCUUUGAUGGAUGCUGGUGUCCCACUCAGGGAGCAUGUUGCAGGAGUUUCUGUGGGGCUUAUUAGUGAGGUGGAUUCGUCUACUGGAACUAUAAAGGAUUACCGUAUAUUGACUGAUAUUUUGGGUCUAGAAGAUCAUCUGGGUGACAUGGACUUCAAAAUUGCUGGUACAAGAAAAGGUGUGACUGCUAUACAGUUGGACAUAAAACCUGCUGGAAUCCCUUUAAAUAUCAUCUGCGAAAGCUUAGACCCUGCUCUUAAAGCUCGGACCCACAUCAUUAAUCACAUGGAGAGGGUGACUAGCGAACCACGUGACCGUUCAGCUGGAAAUUGUCCAUGCUUAGUUACUAUGAAGUUCAGUCGGGAAUCCCUUUGGCGAUUGAUUGGUCCUCAAGGUUCACAACUCAAAAAGAUUGAGCAGGAAACAGGUGCUCGGAUCGCUGUCAAUACUGAUGGAGGAAUUACCAUAUUGGCGAAGAAUCAAGUGACUUUGGAAAAGACACAGGAAAAGGUUGAUUUCAUUGUUGGGCGCGAAAUUGAGGUUGGUGGGAUUUAUAAAGGUGUUGUAGUUUCAAUCAAAGAGUAUGGGGCUUUUGUGGAGUUUAAUGGAGGCCAACAAGGGUUGUUACAUAUUUCUGAGUUAUCACAUGAGCCGGUAGUUCGGGUCUCUGAUGCGGUCUCUGUAGGGCAAGAGCUAUCAUUAAUGUGCAUUGGGCAAGAUGUCAGGGGAAACAUUAAACUAUCACUAAAGGCUAUUAACCAACCUUCCCCAUCUCAAAUUCAGUAUUUGCCACUUGGUGAUCCUGAGUCACCUCCUGUGAACGGUGCACUAAGCUCUACAUCAUUAGAAAGUGAAAAGAGCCCAUGUCAAGAGAAUGAGAACGUCAUUCCCAGUCCCUUAUCAUCUGGCAGUGAUGGCGAUGAAGCGGCUGAUCCUACUACGUUGUAUUCCCCACCUUCAGUAUUGAUUCGAAGUGUCGAAGAGUGCAAUAGGCAAGAAUCUCUUUCUCGUCUGAAAUCAAAUAAUAAUAAGGGUUCAAAUUCCAUUCCUAAAAACAAGAAAGAGAAAGAUACCAGCCCCAAAUCAAGGGCUUCUCCACUACUUCAGCAUAUAAGUGGGAUUCUCUCUUCACCUGUGAAAAACACAAAGAAAUCAGUACCUCUUUCACAGGAGCGCGAUAAAGAAGAGACUACUUCUAGGGUUCAGCAAAUAAGCAGAGACAAGCAAAAACCAGUGGGUAGCACUCGUGCUGGUGCAACUUCACUGAAGCUUGGAGAUAAAUGCAUUGCUACCGUUCAACAGAUUCGUGUGCAUGGUCUUGUUCUCCAGUUGGAAAGUGGUAUUCGUGGUAUGUACAGGUUUGAGGCCUGUUCCAAGAGGGACUUUGAAAUUGGAGAGGAGCUUCUGGUCAAAUGCUCAAGCUUUUCGACUAAGGGUAUCCCAGUGAUGUCUUUAUCAGAUGGGGAGUAGCUGUGCAUUAAGAGCUGGGAAAUCUGCUCUGUCAAUUAUAUCUUACAGAUGGCUUUCAACUCUAUCACAUAAUUAUAUCUUACCUGGGCUCAUUAAUGGCCGGUGUUGUUUAUCAACCUCCUGUGGAACUUUUCAGCAUUGUUUCGGCCCAUCAAUUUUGUAGCUGUAAAGCUUUGAGAUGACUUCUCUUAACAUGUUAGAGAAGUGGUGAUUCUAAGAGCUCGGAACAAUUUUGUAGCUGUAAGGCUUUGAGAUGACUUCUCUUUACAUGUUAGAGAAGUGGUGAUUCUAAGAGCUCAGCCAUGUAAUCAGUUUUGACAGUUGAAAUGCAUAAAUUUGCAAUUUUGUCGAUU